AUAUUACUAAACCUCAGGAACCUUUUCAGCCUGGUGCAACUCCCGAGAAGAAUAAUCGAAGAUAUUUAGCUUUGAAUCAUAUCGGAAGUAUAACAACUAUGUUCCUCGAGACUUACUCGACGAUAACUGUAGAAUUUCAUGAUCGGUCUCAUAAUCGUGGUUACACCCUUCGAGAUGAAUUUAAUUAUACUAUGGCUUGUUUGGAUAAAAAUGGGGCACUUUAUGCUGUAGAAUCUUGUGAAGUAUCCGAUUCUCAAACUAAUCCAAGUAUAUUGUUUUAUAAACCACAAGAUUCAUGGGCAUCAAAAAGCGAGUGGACGUUGGCACUUCCACAAGGAGAAGAUAUAACAGCCAUUGCUUUAUGUUCUCAAGGGAUAAUCGCUGCAACAUCGAAAGAUGUAAUAAGGUUUUUCUCUCUUAGUGGUGUCCAAACCUACAUUUUUGCCUUAACAUCCGUGGUUUGUAUGGUGGGAUAUGAUGAAUUCGUGCUUAUUGUUUAUCAUUUAGGUGUAGGCUAUAAAGGGACACAAAAUCUCGGAUAUAUAUUAUAUAAUGUCCGAUCACAUGAAAUUUUACAAAAAGAUAAAUUACCAAUAACUAAAGGAUCAACUUUAAAAUGGCUAGAAUUUUCCACGGAAGGGGUUCCAGUAAUAUUUGAUUCUAAAGGUGUUCUUAGUAUCCUUCACCAUCAUCGUCAAUCUAACCAAGCAAGAUGGGUACCAAUCCUUGACCUUUCGAUUAAUCGUAAAGAAGAAGAAAUAAAUUGGACUUAUUGGCCCGUUUGGCUUACUGAAACAAACCUAUUUUGUUUUAUUUGCAAGGGUGAAGAUAGCUAUCCUCCAAUACCUCGACCAGCUUUUGAUGAGAUUAAUUGGAGUAUUCCUCUUUGGAAUUUAGAUAGACCAACAGGUCAACUUGAAGAAAAGCAUGUGUUAAAAUUUAUUUGA